AUGGCUCUCCUCAAUAUCAAAUCCUCUUUGUAUGAUCCUUCAAAUCGCUUGGUUUCUUGGGGAGAACGGGGUGUACAAGAUGAAAAAAACUGUUGCAAUUGGCAAGGAAUCAGAUGUUCCAAUGAUUCAUUUCAUGUAAUCUCAAUCGACCUUCGAAACAUACAACUUGAAAAUUACAAAUUUGAACAGGAAGAAAAUAACAAAAUUGAACAGGAAGAGUCCCUUAUACUCAGUAAGCCACCAAAUACCAUGCUGCAAGGUACAAUAUCUCCUUCCCUUUCUAACAUUACCCAUCUUGAGUAUCUUGAUCUCGGGUACAAUGAUUUUCAGGAAUCUGAUAUCCCGUUUCAAUUUUCUGUUCUAUCAAAACUCGUUCAUCUUGAUCUCUCUUUCUCCAACAUCUUACCAUCAUCUCCUAACAAAUUCACCAACUUAUCAUCUUUACGGUACCUCGACUUGUCUUGCCAUGGAUACUUCAUUGGUAGGACCUCUUGCUUACAAACAUCAACUAUAGAGUGGGUGGGAGGGUUAGUGAAUCUCCGAGUAUUAAAGCUGAGUGGUAUCAGUCUGUACGAGGCUACUACAUCAGGACAAGAAAGUCUUGACGAACAUAUAUUGUAUCUUUCUAAUCUUAGAGUUCUUGAUCUCUCGUACUGCGAUAUAGUUAGCCCAACAUUCCUCAAUCAGUUUCACAACCUUUCCCGUCUAUCAUCUCUCAAAAUGAAUCAGAAUGUGAUCUUGACGUGAGCGGUAACUUUGAUCUCCAUCUUGAUAUCACUAGGAUGUUCAAACAUCAAUGGUCAAAACUAGAAAAACUUUGGAUAUCGUACACAAAAGUAACCGGGCCAAUUCUGCGUGUAAUAUCAAAUGCCGCACCGGUGUUGGUUAAUCUUGAUGUCUCAUAUUGUUCAAUUCAUGGACCUCUACCUUCUUCAUUAUUCAGUACUCUUUCUCAAUUGCAGUAUCUUGACCUCGGUAGCAAUUCCAUUACAGGUG